GCAUCUUACUGUAAAGAAGCAAGCGGUUUUAACACAAAGAUCUUGAAUGUGCAAAAUGACCUGUUGAUCAAAUGUUACCUUUUGAUCAAAAUCCAUUAUAGACAGGCUGCGGUUGGACUGAUUUCUGACAGGAAGAAGGAGCCCAGAUAAACAAUCAUACUUUAAAGAUAUACAGAAUAUACAUCAGAACUAGAUCUUCAUUCCUGACAGUGACUAUUCUAAGCCUACAAUAUCCUCUAGAACAAUACCAUCUGAGAAUUCAGCACAUUGUUUCUGCACUAUGGCACCUGCACCAUUAUCAUAUACCUUUUAUGUGGCUACCACAAAGAAAUUUCCAGUUAUUGUGAUAUUUUCCUUAAGUCUGGUUAAAUUAGUGUAUACUUUGGUGAUGCCCUCAGGCGUACCCAUAGCCUUGUGUCAGUGCAACUUCUCAGUUAAUUUAACACACAAGGAAGAGGUCGGACAUCUCCCAGAGACUAUACUGCUUUAUCCAGAGCAAAAAGUCCAGAUGGAGCACUCCAGUUCUAUCAAUUUUGAGGGACGAGCCAACCUUACGGAUGAGCCUAUAGAGCACGUGAAGGAUGUCAGUGAUGGUUUGCCAAAGGAAAAUCACUUUACCCUGAAUUUGACUGACGUCCAUGUUACUGUUAAUCACACGGUAGUUUCUGAGCUUUAUCAGGAUGUGGUUCUUCCCUGUGCUUUCACGGGCAGUGUUGAUCUACUGACUGCCGUGAUCUACUGGAUAAGAACAAACUCAUUAAAAAACAUCACUAUUUUGGCCUUUGAGAAUGGCACCAGGCAACAUGGAAAAGAAGACUCGGCCUAUCAAACCCGAACCAAACCGAUGUUUGACAUCACAGUAGGAGAUGCCUCCUUAUUUUUAAAUAAUGUUACACUGGCAGACAGUGGAAGCUACAUGUGCCAGGUUGGGGAUGUCAGGAAAAUAAACUAUAGUGAAGGAUGUAUAAACUUGACAGUAACUGUAUCUUCAAAGAGCUUGUAUGUUAAGAAUGCUUGGGAUGGCUACUUGACCAUCUUUUCCUCUUCCUGGUUCCCUGCACCAGUAGUUGAGUGGGUAGACAACAAUGGAGAAGAUCUUACCAACAACUCAAUUACUAAAGUUUUACUUCAGAAGGAUGGGCUACUUUCAAUUGUUUCACAGUAUUAUGCUGAUGAUAUUUUUGAGAUGGAUUUCAAAAUAAAUGUUCAUAACCCUAUCAGUGGAAAAACAAUAUCAGUGCAUUAUAAUCACUCUGCAUCGACACAACAUAAACAAUAUACAAACCUCUAUGUAUGGACUGGAAUAGGAGUCACAUUCCUGGCGGAAUUGUGUGGAGGAGUAUUAGGCUACGUGGUAAAGAAAUGCAGGAAUAAAGACAACAAAGAAGGGAAUGACCCAUUGAUUCUUGAAGAACAAGCCAAUCCAGCAGAAGAUAUCCAUACUGUGUAGUAAUUGGAUCAAGCAGCUUCUCCUUCACAAAAAUCAUACCUGAUCUUUGGCUCAUCCAUCCUUCUUUAAUCCUUAAAUCAGAAUGCCAUAACUGGUCCCAGCUUGCUAUUACUUUUCCUUAGACUUCAUCUUGAUAUUAUGCUGAAGUGAGAUCCUCUCCAGCUCAGGUCUCUCAUGUGAAAUUGUGACCUGAUUGAAUAAAGAUGUGCUAAGAAGCAAAUUAUAAGCAUACUUAGAUCUGCUAUUAACCCAAGCUACAUGGAAUGGGAAAGAGUUGAAAGAAAACAGGUGGACAAUCCCAGAGUGUCAGAACUCCACCUAGGUCCUGAUCUAGAAAAAAAUCUCACUGCUCGGUAAAGAUGACCACCAGUGUGAGUUUGGAUGAGGGGGUGGUGGAUUGAUGUCUGGAGCAGUUCUCUUAAAAAGUGACGUGUGAUAAAGCCUGCUGUCUCGCCAAUGAUCUUUCACCCUGUGGUUUGUGGGGUCCUGCUGAGCGCUGAAUCUGCUCAUUAUGUUCAUGCUUUAUUAAACUUUUUUGUAUUGAUUUAA